GGUAUUAUUAAUAGUACAGCUCAUACAAGGAGAAGGACUUGUGAGAGAUGCAUUUAUGAUGCCCAUUUUCUGGUGCAUGAUUCAUAACCAAGUUCUGACCUAAGGUCCCUCUGUCUUUCUAGCUUUCUAUGCACCCAUUUCUCUCUUCCUCAAGAAUCUCAGGAAAAAAAUAAAAAAUAAGAGGUGGUCCACUCCAGAUACAGUUGCCCAACCAGCUGCUACCUAGCUGCACCAAAGUAGUGUAGUAAUGCAGCAAAAGAUUUAACUCCAAACCCUCAUCCCUAUAAACCUGUAAAAAAAAAAAACAAAAGAAAAAUUGACUGCACAUUCAAUACCAUCAUAUAUACCAGCACUCACUUCACUUCUUCCCUAUAUAGUGGAGACACCCUUAAAAUUUCUCCUUUUGGAGGAGAGUGCAAUGGCAGUUCAAAGAAAAACUCAUGUCUUCUUUUUGUCUUUAAUACUGGUUGUCUUCUCUGGAAUGGACACCACCACCAUUGUUGAUGCUUUGGCCAAUAAAGAGCAAGAGCUAGAUCGAAUCUCAGCUCUUCCUGGUCAGCCACCAGUUACUUUUUCUCAGUUCUCUGGGUAUGUUACUGUCAAUGAGAAACACGGUCGUGCACUCUUCUACUGGUUGACAGAAGCAACUUCCAGUCCUCACCACAAACCUCUUGUUCUUUGGCUAAAUGGAGGACCAGGCUGCUCAUCUGUGGCAUAUGGAGCAUCAGAGGAAAUUGGACCAUUUCGGAUUAACAGAACAGGCUCAUCUCUUUAUCUAAAUAAGUAUUCAUGGAACACAGAAGCAAAUAUUCUCUUCUUGGAGUCACCUGCUGGUGUAGGAUUCUCAUACACAAAUACAAGCUCUGAUCUUAAAGAUUCUGGUGACAAAAGAACAGCUCAGGAUGCUCUAGUUUUUCUUCUCAGAUGGUUUUCAAGGUUUCCCCAAUAUAAAUAUAGAGAUUUCUUCAUUGCUGGGGAAAGUUAUGCAGGGCAUUAUGUUCCCCAAUUGGCCAAGAAAAUUCAUGAUUAUAAUAAGGGUCAUUCGCAUCCCAUCAUCAAUCUCAAAGGAUUCAUUGUUGGAAAUGCUGUCACAGAUAACUUCUAUGAUAGCAUUGGGACUGUUACAUUCUGGUGGAGCCAUUCAAUGAUAUCAGACAGGACGUACCGAUCAAUUAUUGAUAACUGCAACUUCAAAGAAGAUAAUAAAACAUCUGAAAAAUGUGAUGAUGCUGUGACUUAUGCUAUGAACCAUGAAUUUGGAGAUAUCGAUCAGUACAGCAUUUAUACACCAGCUUGCAUACAGUUGCCUAAUAAAACCAGUGUAAGAUCAUUAAGGCUUAAAAACACGCUUUUGCGGAGAAGGGUUUCUGGUUAUGAUCCUUGCACUGAGAAUUAUGCAGAGAAAUACUUUAACAGACCUCAAGUGCAGAAGGCAAUGCAUGCAAAUAUUACAGGAAUUCCUUAUAAAUGGACUGCUUGCAGUGAUGUUCUUAUUAAGAACUGGAAGGAUUCUGAGUAUUCUGUGUUACCUAUAUACAAGGAGCUCAUUGCAGCUGGUUUGAGAAUAUGGGUUUUCAGUGGUGACACAGAUUCUGUAGUUCCUGUAACUGCAACUAGGUUUUCUCUCAGCCACCUCAAUCUCACCGUUAAAACGCGGUGGUACCCUUGGUACUCCGGCAACCAGGUCGGAGGAUGGACGGAAGUGUACAAUGGGCUAACCUUUGUAACAGUUAGAGGAGCUGGACAUGAAGUUCCACUGUUUCAACCAAGGCGAGCAUUCAUUCUUUUCAGAUCAUUCUUGGCAGGAAAAGAACUGCCCAAAUCUUGAUUCUUGUCAUUUUGCCUAUUCCUCCAACAGAACAAAAAUAACAAAAAAAAAAAAAAAAGAUUUGAGAGCAAUUGGUUUUUGCUUCAAGAAGGUUUAGUGGAGCAAUCCACAUAACCUUAUUUUAAACCCCUCAAAACAAAUGAUGACGGGUGAAGAAGCAACUAGGGUUUAGCAAUAAUAUCAUUCAUUCAAAAGUGUAAUUCAGAGUUUCUAAGACAAUUUGUUGGUAGUUUAAUUUAUAGACAGCAGCAACUGCUAUUUCAGAUGGAGGACAUGGGUACUGAGGUCAAAAUGUUCUUACAAUCUCUAAUGCAAAAACAAUAGAGACCUGAGGUUUCCAACAAAAUGAAAAUUUAAAAGAAAAAAAACAUUUUGACAUCACUUUCCAGAG